CCAUGAGAGUAUUCAUUGCAGUUUGUUUGUUUUUCGCUGUGACUUCGGCCGACUAUGUUGUCAAAACACGUGAAAACCUCCUACAAUUUCGCAAUGAAUGCAUAGCCGAAUUAGAGAUUCCCGAAAAUCUUGUCGAACAAUACAAACAAUGGCAAUAUCCAAAUGAUUCGGUGACCCAAUGCUAUUUGAAAUGUGUAUUCGUUAAAUUCGGUUUAUUCGAUACCACCCAAGGCUUCAAUGUUGAAAAUAUUCAUCAA